UUUUUUUUUUGAGAAAUUAUCAAUGGAGGACAUAGAGAGCGUAGCAAAAGCUGCACUUGAGAAAUUGAAGGAGAUGAAUAUGGUGGAAAACGCAAAGGAGAUCGUCAAAAGAACAUCGCUGUUUGUACCGGAAUAUGCGCGGAUCUUAUUUGAUUGGUUACUGGAAAAUCUGAAGCAGAUUGUCGUGAAAACGACGCCGUUCGCACGAACCUCAUCGGACUGGUUACUGGAGAAAGCUCCUCCACUGAUAUCUACUUCGAUAAAUUCGAUCCGUAUAGCUCCAAUAUAUUACACCAUUCCAAUCGGAUUUCUGCUGAUUUUGUUCCUCCGCCGGUGCUGCAGCGGCGGCGACGGCGGAAACGGGAAGACGAUGAAAGCUCCGGGAAGGAAUAAUGUAAGGAUGACCAGGCGUGAUUUUGAAAAAAGUCCUAAAUCCUAUUUCCGCGAUCUCCGCUCCCGAAAAAAAUAAUUUCGGUAUAAUUAUUUGGUAUUCGAUAUCUACGUAUUUUGUUUAAUUUUUAAGUUCGAACUCGAAAUGUUUAGUUAAAAAUGAAGGUAUCUCAUCUCUCGUGAUAUCACUUAUGGUGUGGAUUUAUGUAAUUUUGUAUACUAUGUGUUUGUAUUUCGAAAUUUAUAAAUAUUUUAUUAUGAAUUUAGUUAUUUUAUA